AUGCUGCCACCGUCGGAUUCAUUUGCUCACCAAAACCUCAAACUGGCUGAGGCUCUGGCCAGCUUGAGAAAGCAAACGGUUGCCCCAGCACCUCCACCGCCAUACGCUGCCACUGCUGCUACUGCAUCUUCUGAGUUACUAGGGGAGUUUGAGGAUGACGAGGAUGACGAAAACCUGCCUCUCUCCCCAAUUGUCAUCAAAAUCGACACCUCUAUAUCUAUCGACGGGCAGAACAACACCGUUGCAAUCCCCACGUCGAUGGGACCAGGCGAGGACAGUCAAUCGCCAACAUCAGAUGUUCCAAGCCCGUCGACAGCCACUGGCCUGUCCAUACAACAGCUACAGCAGCUACAGCAGCGACGACAGGCGAAGUCUGCCCAGCUAGCCUCGGCAAUCAUCUCAGCUCUGAAAUCAGCCGGCGCCUUGGAUGAUAGGGAGACUGGAAGGCAGCGUCCAAUCGAGGUUGAUGUCAACGCCGGAAUUCGAAUUACUGGCAACUCAAACUUGAUAUGCCCUGGAACCCGUAGGAAAGCGGGACCAGAACCUGUGUCAACCAUAGCUCUGCCUACGGAGAAGUUGGGCAGGAAACGACGAGCACAGUCGGAACCUCAUGACAUUCCUGAUCUGAAGCGAGCACAUACUACUCAGGAGUCAGCUGGUCGCUGA